AAAAUCUGUGCCAGUUGUAAAAUGUUCAAUCUAGCAAUUUAUAACUUAUCACAAGAAAGUAAAAACAGCAUUACAUAUUAUUUGUUCGAGUAAAUUGUUUCUAUAAACUAAAAUAAACAUGAGCCGAUGGUUAGACGUAGAAGUUGGUACAGACGACAUUGAUCUUAAUUCUUUGCCUUCAAAUUUAGCGUUGGUAGAUCUUCACAACGACAAUGAAUAUAAGCUACUCGUUGGUGAUUUAGGUCGAGGCGAGGAAAUGCCUAAACUUAAGAUAUUUCGAGGAGCAAUGCAGAUGUCAGAUUUAGUGCUCCCGGAUCUACCUCUUGGUGUGGUUGGCUUCUACACAAGUGAGACAAUGCCCCGUUCAUGCCCUGUCAUAGCGAUAGCAAUGAGUUCAUGCAUUUACAUAUAUCGGAACAUGAAAUUGUUUUACAAAUACUAUCUACCUUCAGUGGAACAGAAUACUUGUGAAUUAGAAAUAUGGAGACAGUUAAUGGAUCCAAUAAAUCAUAAUGAAGAGUCUCUGAGAGGUCUAACGGCAAGUCUGCAAGCUUUACCACAGAAAGUAUUAAGCAAUCAGUCUCAAAACUUUUUGGAUCUCGACUUUGAACAAAGAAUAGAGUAUCUGGAACAGUUGACAGAGUUGCCAAGUCGAAAAAAUGUAGAAAUAGUUUGCAUUACAACAAUGAAAAUUAAUUCCAUUAACAAACAUGGUGUCAGUUGUCUGGUUAUAGGAAGUGAGGAGGGAGACAUUAUUAUUUUAGACCCAAAUACUUUCACUCCCUUGUCUAUGGCAAAAUUAUGUGCAGUUAAGAAAACGCCAUACCAAAUGGUUGCAACAGGACUAUACAAUGUUGACUACAGUGUGACUGUGGCCACCAGAGAAAAGUCAGUAUGUCUUUUAAAAAGAGAGUGGAAGGAAGGUCAACUGUUGUUUCACACGGAGGAACAUAUAAUAGCUAUUGAAGUAUCGGCCAUAGAUAAUAGUGUAUAUGUUAUAUGUUGCGAUAAUACAUUCUCAUGUUAUAGCAAAAAGGGUAAAAAACAAUGGUCAUUAAAUCUAGAGCAUAGACCAAUAGCUCUAACUUUAGUACCUAUAAUGCAUUUAGGUACAACUCUGAUAGCAGUCGCGCUUGCGUCAGGACAUCUGCAUCUGUAUGAUGGCAAAUCACGCAGAGAUACUAUGUUCAUAAAAGAUGUGGUUUCCGUCAUGAAAUUUGGUCAGCUCGGUCAAGAGGAGAAUGUUUUUGUCAUUAUUACAACUAAUGGCAAUCUUAUGUUAAAAAUACUAAAGCGCACGGCAGAUUUUAACGCAGAUGCAGCCAGUGCGGAUGUCACUCCUGAUCCUUUGAGCUCAGAAAAACCUUGGCUCAUACCCAAACGGUCGAAAUUAUUUCUCGAACAGUCCGCCAGGGAACGAGAGAAUGCUAUUGCAAUGCAUGAAACUUUCCAACACGAACUGAACAGACUGCGGCUAUUGGCGGGUAAGACUCUUCUAGAAGUACAUGUCAAAUCUGACAAUUCCAUUGCUGUGGGAGCUCUGGAACCUAUUCGACUUACUGCUGAGGUGGAAGGUCUAGGUCCAGUGUUCCGUGUAACCCUCAUCAUAGAGAACAGGUCUAGCACACGCGCGGCCGCCGGACUCGCACUUCUAUUCCAUACCAAUACCUACAAGGUCUAUAGGCCUUAUUUAAAGGUUCCUCUCCUAGCUCCGAAUAGUCAACUCCGUCUCCCAACGAAAGUGGAAGAGAUAUUCGAUGAGAACAUAAACCCGGAGAUAUUCCUGAGGGGUGUGACGGGGCAGGGCGGGCAGGGAUCACUGGUGAAGAUCCUACUCCUCAAAGAUGGGCAGAGGUCACCAGUGCUCGCAGCGACUGUACAAAUGCCCGCCACUGACCCUAUGAUGAUACCUUACGAUAUGCAAACUGUCACCGCUUUUCAACAAUAAUACUACUUUUAAUUGCUUUUGUUAUAAUGCAAUGAAUAAAU